GCAAACACAUCAAGCACAACCCAGUAUAUUUAUCGUAAUCCUUGUUCCCAUCUCUUCACUCUCUGUCUCACUAAUCUCAAGAAUUCAGCACGAUGUCGACAGACAACGGCUACCUCGACUACAAGCGAGACACCAAAUGUUUUCUCCACUGGCUUGGUAGUACUUACAACCAGGUCAUCAUUUCGGCUUCUACAAAUCCACGACUCCCAUUGACUGGGCUCAAGAGUUCUGGUAAAUUCACGCUGAAAGAUAUUACUGAAAUGGUCGAGCGUGUUUCCCAGGCUCCAGAACAAGAAACUCCUUCUAUGAUCUUUCGCUUGCUCCGAUGGUCAAUCAAGGGAAGGAAGGCUGCUCACGCAAGACAUGUCAGAAAAGUAGCAGAGCGUCCAGACCAGGAGACUGAGAAGAGCAAUACUUCGCACAAAAACUUUAUCGAUUGUCUGGAGAGCGCAUUUGAAUCACUCGGGGGUCUUGAGUGGCAAAUUCAGCAUGAAAAAGAGGCCAACAAACCAUACACCAAAGUCGACGUCGAAGAGUUUCACAACAAAUUUGCCGCACUCCAAGGCUCCCAGUCCGGCAGCGGUAGCAGUUCUGGCAACACCAGUUCGACAUCAUCACCAAUCAUCGAAUCUUUUGGGGCCUUGUCUUUGGGAGACUUUCGCAUUGUCGAAGAUGACAAUGAACUGGAGCUGGAUUACUCAAUGGCAGCAGAUUCUAUGUUCGAAGAAUGGAAAUGUCUCAGAGCUUACGUUCAGGAUCUCUGGCACCAGGUUGCGUACCGGAAUCUCAACAGCGCCAUCGCUGCGACCAUGUCUCAAAUUGCCAUCAAGAUGGUUAAAAGGACAGAACUCAACAUCUUUGUCGACUUCCCAAAUGGGUACGAUGCUUUUGAGAAAGUCAUGAACAAGUUUGCGGAAAAUGAAGAGAACGCACGCGAGGUAUCGUCGGCCAAUUUGCAGACACAUUCUACUGCCAAUUCGUCAGAUGCCAAUGCACCCGAUGACAUCGCAAAAGAAAUGAUGUCCGGUUAUACGUAUGCCGACUUUCUUGACUUCUUCAAGGACUUCCAGAAGAACCAAAAUGGACGACCUAGUAAAAAGAUGGCGAAGCGGCUAAAGACUUGGAACUCCCAUCUUGAUCUUCGAGUCGCGAAAGAUGCAGAGAGAAUUGAAUGGAGACGUCUGUACACAAUGAAAUGGCUCUAUGACUUGGUCAAUGUCUAUGCCUACACUGUGCUCAACAGCAAUCUCCAGGCAGACAAUCAAAAAGCCUAUUGGGAGCAAGACUGGACCGACAAGACUCCUCAUGAAGAUAACAAAGAUCUGAGUCGCCUCUUUGGCUGUGAGGAGUUUGCUUGCUUUGUCACUACCUUGGCGAUGAGCAAGCCUGCUUACCAUGGUGAUGAGUCCUCAGAGCUAAGCAGAAGAAUAGACCCGCAUCGCGUCUUCCAGCUCCAGAGCAUUGUAGAUUCAUUCAUGGUGUCCAGGGGCUGGUCACUUGGUCCUGAAGGUCACAUCGUCAGUAGUAUCGUCAGCACAGUCCAGUUUUCUAGCGACCUCGGUCGCUUGCUUGGAAUUUUUACGCGCGGAGCAGAAUGGCUCUCUAGAGCACUCAUGGUGCCUGCGUUUUCGAGCGCCCCCUCAUGCAACCAAGAUGCAUUCGACCGUAUCUUCGCUAUCAUGGAAGCAUGGAUGGGCAACUCAGAGCGGGUGUUCGACUCAGCGGCAGCCUCGCAAUUCGCACCAUCGAAGAACGGUCUGUGGGACUAUUCCCCUUUCAUAUGUGGCGCCGGAAUGGCCGAAGGACUGGAACUCAUUUACCGCAUGAGCAUGUUGCUCUGGGAUGAGAUACCACAUCCAACACUCGUGAUUCAUUUACACAACAUGUGUGUCAAAAAAGGCUACUUGAAGCAACCACGCGAUUUAUUACAAGCUUUAGAUAACACCUUUACAGCCGCCUUCUACAAAUCCGCCAUCGUCCCUGACCAAGACUUCCACAGACAGUUUCCUCAACUCCUUGCAAUGGGCAGACGCGAAUCAUUGCAACCCGGACCCGUGGAUCAAAGCACAAACCUUCUCGACUUCCUGAGCUUAGAACACAACACCCGCUUCAAAAAACUGUCAAACUCGAUGUACCACCGCGAAAGCAAAUACGCCCCUGAGCCCAAACCCACCAAAACCAACAACUCUGACCAAGACCAAUUUCUCACCCUGCAGAUCCUGCAAUCCGGCGUUGAAGAAGACUUCAUCGACCCCGAUCGUCUGUCUAACCGAAAUUAUCUAUCAAUCACAUUGGCGUGUAUGAUGAUACUCCAUGAUCUCAAUGACUACCUCGGAAACGCAGAGAAUGGCAAUCCAAUGCGGGGACGGAUACACGACUGGGUGGAACUUACAGAGUGGAUUUUGCAAGAGGAAGAAGGGUGGGAGGGAUGUUUGGAAGCUGUGGCUAGGGCUUUGGAGAACUCGAAACAGCUGGUGGUUGAUAUACAGAGUUAUUGGUGAGGCGCAGGUGAUGGAGGCGGAUAUUCAGAUGCUUGAUAUGUAUCGCUGCGGUUGGGUUUUGAGUAAGGUGUCGGUUGAACGGAAAUAGGUAACUUAAUAUUUCACCGUAAUCAGGAAUUUCCCAUCGGAGACAGCGGACCAGUCGGACUCCUCCAUUGGGGACCCUGCUACGGCGGUGGUAUAUCCUAUGGUGUGGGGGUCGGGCUCCCCUGUUCUCUAAACUCAUCAUCACUCCGAGUUUCUU